AUGGAUCCCUCCGCAAGCGAUCGAAAAGAGUCCUCGAUCGCGAAUGUCGAAAAUGAAAUAUUACCGCCCAAUCGCGGUGGCGUCCAGGGACCCGUCAAUGGAGUCCCACACAAGCCAUAUACGGUCUUGUCAGAGCGAGCCAAGAUAGCCACCAUCUUGAUUGUGGCGUCAGUCAACACAAGCGCGCUUUUUGCCAGCACUGCCUACUAUCCAGCCCUAUAUCCAAUAUCCAAAGACCUGGAUAUUGCGCCGUCCAAGAUGUAUCUGACAAUAACAUCUUACAUGCUGAUGCAAGGAAUAGCUCCCUUAUUUACGGGCAGUAUCUCAGAUCAGAAGGGUAGACGGCCCAUAUUGCUCGUCUGCAUGUUGAUUUUCAUUUUGGCGACCAUCGGCCUGGCUCUCCAGCGAAGCUAUGUAGCGCUUAUACUGCUUCGGUGCCUGCAGAGUGUAGGAAGCGCUGGAGUAUUUAUCCCGACAUUCGCUCUGGUAGUUGACAUUGUCGCUCGAGCCGAACGUGGAAAGUACAUGGCAUAUGUCACUGUGGGUAGCACGGUUGGCACAUCUACGGGUCCCAUAAUCGGAGGAAUCCUCAGCAAAACUUUGGGAUGGCGAAGUGUCUUCUGGUUCCUUGUCAUUUUCUCAGUGGUGGUUUUCGUCUUACUCGCCACGUACCUCCCGGAAACUUGUCGAGCAGUAGUUGGCGAUGGCAGCAUAUCACCUCCCUCGUGGAAUAGGCCUAUCAUCUACCGCCGGUCCAAAAGUCCUCCUGACUAUGACAGCCUGACGGUCUUUUCCAAGCCACCAAAAGCAACUGAUUGUUUCAAAGUUCUUCUAAGCAAGGAGGUGGGAUUUCUCAUUUUUUUCUGGUCCCUAAUUUCUUGGGGGCAGAUCGUGGUUGAGAUCAGCCUACCGUUGGUUCUGGGCAGCAAAUAUCAUCUCAACUCCCUGCACAUCGGCCUGUGCUACAUUCCUUGGGCAACUGGAGCUAUUGCAGCCCGUUGGAGCGUGGGGUCUCUCGCGGAUUGGAAUUUCAGACGUCUUGGGCAGAAAGCUGGGAUGGAUAUAAAUCCCAAUCAACAAAUCAAGGAGGACCUUGAAAGGUUACCACUUGAACGAAUUCGGUUGGAUAUUGCUUUGCCUGUAGUAUAUCUGGCAUGCGCUUUGACAGUAGCCUAUAGUUGGGCUGUGGUGAGUGACGUUCACAUCUCGUGUCCCCUCGUCCUCCUUUUCUUCUUGGGGAACGCGACCACAGGGGCAACCAACGUCAUCGCCGCGUUGAUUGUUGAUCUCAAGUCGUAUAGACCGGCGACUGUGAGAGCUGCCAUGGCGAUUUUCAGAUCCCUUCCAGGUGCUGGGGUUGCUGCUGCGAUCAAUCCAGCUAUCGAUUCCGUAGGGUUUGGUUGGCUGGGUACCAUCAUCAGCAGCUCCUGGAUAGCUUGUUCUUGCAUCCUGUGGAUCAUAUAUCUCCGAGGACAACAGUGGAGAACAUCCGCAGAGGUUUGA